GUAGUCGCUGCGGCUAGCCAGCUGCUUAGUUCUAAGGAGAAUCAACGUCUUCUAGAAUACCUCCGACCCAACCGCGUGCCGCGGACCUUCGCUGUACUGCAGCUCUAUAAGUCGAAUGGUCAUGGGAGUUGGCAGCUUUGUCACAGGGGUGUCGCAACAAUAGAGCGAGACGAUGCCGAACACUUUUAUUACAUCCGUCUUUACGACAUGGUGAAUAUGACUCAACUCUUUGAACAACGCAUAUUUAUCGAGAUGAGCUACACCGCGUAUGGUGAAUUUGCCAUCCUCCAAGGCGACGAUUGUCCUGUUGGCUUGGCGUUUGUGUCGAGUGGGGAGGCGACGGCUUUCAAUCUUAUUCUCAACCGUGUUAUUAGCAAGUUUAUGGCCCGCAUGAACGAUACGCCUGUGGCGUCGAUCAAUGGAGGCGGAGCUCCUAACCUGCCUCAGUCGAAUCUUAAGCCUGUCUCUCAAUCGGCUGCCUGGGCUUCGUCAUCUGCUUCGCACGCUUCGAGGCUGAGAGACAAUUUCAGGAGCCUCCGGAAGAAGGUGUGUGCUCUAUAG